AUGGCUGGGAGCCGCGCAGCCCCCGGGCGCGGCCGCGACGAGCCGCCCGAGAGCUACCUGCAGCGGCAGGACCACGAGCUGCAGGCGCUGGAGGCCAUCUACGGCGCCGACUUCCAGGACCUGCGGCCAGACGCGUGCGGACUGGUCAAAGAGCCUCCAGAAAUAAAUUUAGUUCUGCACCCUCAGGGCCUGACUGGUGAAGAAGUGUAUGUGAAAGUCGAUUUGAGGGUUAAAUGCCCACCCACCUAUCCAGAUGUCGUCCCUGAAAUAGAGUUAAAGAAUGCUAAAGGCUUGUCAAAUGAAAGUGUUAAUUUGUUGAAAUCCCGCCUAGAAGAACUGGCCACAAGACACUGCGGGGAGGUGAUGAUAUUUGAACUGGCGUACCACGUGCAGUCGUUUCUCAGCGAGCAUAACAAGCCCCCUCCGAAGUCUUUCCAUGAAGAAAUGCUGGAACGGCAAGCUCAGGAGGAGCAGCGGAGGCGGCUGGAGGCCAAACAGAAAGAGGAGCAGGAGCAACGUGAACUCCUUCAUGAAAUUCAGAGAAGGAAAGAAGAGAUCAAAGAAGAGAGAAAAAGAAAAGAAAUGGCUAAGCAGGGACGUUUGGAAAUUGUGAGUUUAGCAAACCAAGAUCAUCCUCCUAGGAAAGACCCAGGGGGACACAAAACAGCGGCUGGUCUCCAUGGAGGGUCUCCUGACCUUGUAGGGAAUGGUAAACACCGGGCCAUCUCUUCGGGAAGGUCUAGGCGAGAACGUCAGUAUUCUACGUGUAGUGGUGAAGAGUCACCGGUCUCUUGUGAAACCCUGUGUUUCUCGGUGGGUAACACUGACCAACUCACGGUGCACAAAGGCAAAUGUAUUGGCAGUGACGAGCAGCUUGGAAAGUUCGUCUAUAAUGGUUUGGAAACAGCUGCUGGCAGCUUUGUCUUGCUGUAUGAAUGGGUCCUUCAGUGGCAGAAGAAAAUGGGCCCCUUCCUUACCAGCCAAGAACAAGAGAAGAUUGAUAAGUGCAAAAAGCAGAUUCAAGGGGCAGAAGCUGAAUUCAGCUCUCUGGCGAAGCUGAGCCAUCCAAACAUAGUUCGCUACAUCGCCAUGAACCUUCGCGAGCGGGACCAUUCCAUCACGGUGGACAUUGUGGUGGAGCACAUCGCCGGGGUGUCCCUCGCCACGCACCUGAGCCACGCGGGCCCUGUCCCCAUGCACCAGCUCCGCAAGUAUGCGUCCCAGCUCCUGGCCGGCCUGGAGUACCUGCAUGGCAACUCUGUGGUGCACAAGGUCCUCAGGGCGUCCAGUGUCUUGGUGGACGCAGAGGGCACUGUCAAGAUCACGGACUACAGCAUCUCUAAGCGCCUGGCCGAUAUCUGCAAGGAGGAUGUUUUUGAGCAAACACGAGUCCGUUUUAGUGACAGUGCCCUGCCCUACAAAACGGGAAAGAAAGGGGACGUCUGGCAUCUUGGCCUUCUACUGCUUGCCCUCAGCCAAGGCCAAGAGUGUGAGGAGUACCCCGUGGUCAUCCCUAGUGACUUACCGGCCGACUUUCAAGACUUUCUGAAAAAGUGUGUCUGCCUGGAUGACAAGGAGAGGUGGAGUCCUCAACAGCUGCUGCGACACAGCUUCAUAAAUCCCCAGCCAAAACUGCCUUUGCUGGAUCAAAGUCCUGAAGACUCUGGAGGACAAGAUUAUGUUGAGACUGUGAUCCCCAGCAGCCAGCUACCCAGCGCCGCCUUGUUCAGUGAGACUCACAGGCAGUUCUCACGCUACUUCAUUGAGUUUGAAGAGCUGCAACUUCUUGGCAAAGGGGCCUUUGGAGCCGUCAUCAAGGUGCAGAACAAGUUAGACGGUUGCUGCUAUGCGGUGAAGCGCAUCCCCAUCAACCCAGCCAGCAAGCACUUCCGCAGGAUCAAGGGCGAGGUGACCCUGCUGUCGCGCCUGCACCAUGAGAACAUCGUGCGCUACUACAACGCCUGGAUCGAGCGGCACGAACGCCCAGCUGGCCCCGGAACACCACCCCCGGACUCGAGACCCCCGGCCCGGAAUGGGCGAGGCGCGCCGGGACCACCAGCGGGCGACACCAAGAGUGUGGACAGCGUGGAGGCCGCCGCGCCGCCCCCCAUCCUCAGCAGCUCGGUGGAGUGGAGCACGUCCUGCGAGCGCUCGGCCAGCGCCCGCUUCCCGGCCACGGGCACGGGCUCCAGCAGCGACGAGGACGACGACGAGGAAGAUGACCGAGAUGGCGUCUUCUCGCAGUCCUUCCUACCCGCUUCAGACUCGGACAGUGAUAUCAUCUUUGACAAUGAAGAUGAGAACAGUAAGAGUCGGCAUCAGGGUGAAGACUGCAGUGAGAAGAACGGCUGCGAGCAGCACAGCGAGUCCUCAGGGACAACCGAGGCAGUGCACUACCUCUAUAUCCAGAUGGAGUACUGUGAGAAGAGCACGCUCCGGGACACCAUCGACCAGGGGCUGUGCCAGGACACCGUCAGACUCUGGAGGCUGUUCCGAGAGAUUCUGGAUGGAUUAGCUUACAUCCACGAGAAAGGAAUGAUUCACCGGGAUUUGAAGCCCGUCAACAUUUUUUUGGAUUCUGAUGACCAUGUGAAAAUAGGUGAUUUUGGUUUGGCGACAGAUCAUCUAGCCUUUGCUGCUGAGGGCAAACCGGAGGAUCCAGCAGGAGAGCGCUUGAUUAAAUCAGACCCUUCCGGUCAUUUGACUGGAAUGGUUGGCACCGCUUUGUACGUGAGCCCCGAGGUCCAAGGAAGCACCAGAUCUGCAUACAACCAGAAAGUGGACCUCUUCAGCCUGGGGAUCAUCUUCUUUGAGAUGUCCUAUCACCCCAUGGUCACAGCCUCCGAGAGGAUCUUGGUUCUCAACCAACUCAGAGAUGCCACUUCGCCCAGGUUUCCAGAAGACUUCAAUGAUGGAGAGCAUACGAAGCAGAAAUGCGUCAUCUCCUGGCUGCUGAACCAUGACCCAGCCAAGCGGCCCACAGCCAUGGAGCUGCUGAAGAGCGAACUGCUGCCCCCGCCCCAGAUGGAGGAGUCCGAGCUGCACGAAGUCCUGCACCACACCCUGGCCAACGUGGAUGGGAAGGCCUACCGCACCAUGAUGGCCCACAUCUUCUCCCAGCACAUCUCGCCUGCCGCCGACUUCACCUAUGACAGCGACAUCCUCAAGGGAAACUUCUCCAUCCGCACAACCAAGAUGCAGCAGCAUGUGUGUGAAACCAUUGUCCGCAUCUUUAAGAGACAUGGGGCUGUCGAAGUGUGCACCCCGCUUCUGCUUCCCCGAAAUCGGCAGAUAUACGAGCACAACGAAGCCGCCUUCUUCAUGGACCACAGUGGGAUGCUGGUGAUGCUUCCUUUCGACCUGCGGACUCCUUUUGCAAGAUACGUGGCUCGCAACAACCUAGUGAAUUUAAAGCGAUACUGUAUAGAACGUGUGUUCAGGCCUCGCAAGUUAGACCGGUGUCAUCCAAAAGAACUUCUGGAAUGUGCCUUUGAUAUCAUCACUUCCACCACCAACAGCUCUCUGCCCACUGCCGAGAUCAUCUACACCAUCUACGAAAUCAUCCAAGAGUUCCCCGUGCUCCAGGAAAGAAAUUACAGUAUUCACUUGAACCACACCGCAUUAUUGAAAGCCAUAUUGUUACAUUGUGGAAUCCCAGAAGAUAAGCUCAGUCAAGUCUACAUUAUUCUGUAUGAUGUUGUGACGGAAAAGCUGACGAGACGAGAAGUGGAAGCUAAAUUUUGUAAUCUGUCUUUGUCUUCUAAUAGCCUCUGUCGACUCUACAAAUUUAUUGAGCAGAAGGGAGAUUUGCAAGACCUAACACCAACAAUAAAUUCUUUAAUAAAGCAGAAAACAGGUGUUGCCCAAUUAGUGAAAUACGGUGUAAAAGAUCUCGAAGACGUGGUUGGACUGAUGAAGAAACUUGGCAUAAAAUUACAGGUCUUAGUCAACCUGGGCUUGGUGUACAAGGUGCAGCAGCACAGCGGCGUCAUCUUCCAGUUUGUGGCUUUCAUCAGACGACGGCAGAGGGCUCUGCCCGAAAUCCUUGCCGCCGGUGGCCGGUACGACCUGCUGAUCCCCCAGUUUAGAGGGCCACAGGCCCUCGGACCAGUGCCCACUGCCAUUGGGGUCAGCAUAGCCAUAGACAGGAUAUCCGCUGCCGUGCUCAGCACAGAAGAGCCUGUGACAGUGAGCUCGUGUGACCUCCUGGUGGCGAGCAUUGGCCAGAUGUCCAUGUCCAGGGCCAUCAACCUAACUCAGAAGCUCUGGGCAGCGGGCAUCACAGCAGAAAUCAUGUACGACUGCUCACAGUCCCAGGAGGAACUGCAGGAGUACUGCCGGCACCGGGAAAUCACCUACGUGGCCCUCGUCUCAGAGAAAGAAGGAAGCCACGUCAAGGUGAAGUCUUUUGAGAAGGAAAGGCAAACAGAAAAACGAGUGCUGGAAUCUGACCUCGUGGACCAUGUGGUGCAGAAACUGAGGACGAAACUCGAUGACAGGAGCAUGAGAGAAGCUUCCGAUAAUCUUGCAGUGCAAAAUCUGAAGGGGUCAUGUUCUAACGCUUCAGGUCUGUUUGAGGUCCACGGAACCCCAGUGGUUCCCAACGUGAGUGUGAUCUCGCCAGAGAAGCUCUCAGCCAGCACCCGGAGGCGGUAUGAGACUCAGGUACAAACUCGACUCCAGGCCUCCCUUGCCAACUUACAUCAGAAGAGCAGUGACAUUGAAAUUUUGGCUGUGGAUCUGCCCAAAGAGACCAUCUUGCAGUUCCUAUCGUUAGAGUGGGACGCUGAUGAGCAGGCGUUUAACACAACAGUGAAGCAGCUGCUGUCACACCUGCCAAAGCAGAGAUACCUCAAAUUAGUCUGUGAUGAAAUUUAUAACAUCAAAGUCGAGAAGAAGGUGUCUGUGUUGUUCCUGUACAGCUACAGAGAUGACUACUACAGAAUCUUGUUUUAGUCCUGACAACGGGCCCUACAUUGGGCCCACAGAUUGGGGCUUGUACCAUGGAAUGUUGUGCAGUCGCUGUAUCCCCUUAAAGUCCCGACAGGUGGUCUUGUCAAGUUGAGCUUGGUCAGCUCUUUUUAUGUACUGUAUUAUAAACUUACCUUUUUCAGUAUAAUAAAUGCUUUCAUACUA